ACUCUCUACUACGUCUGUUAGAUUCGACACGCCAUGACGAGAGAAGACGAGGGUGAAGCGAGGUCUCCGUUAAUGAGAGGACGAGGCGCAAGUAUAGGGAAUGAAUUCGCUAUAAAUCCAAUGCCUCUCCUCAGUAGCACUGAAGAGGAAGCAGAUAUCGCGACAUUUAGUCCGAGUAGGACUAUUGGCAUAGUAGAGGGUAUAUCCUUAGUAGUCGGUAUGAUCGUUGGCAGUGGUAUAUUCAGUAGUCCUGGAAAUAUCGUCAGCUUGACAGGCUCGGCUGGUGCUAGUUUACUCAUCUGGAUCGUUGGUGGAUCGUUAGCGUGGAUGGGUGCUAGUUGCUUUGCUGAGUUGGGUACAGCAUUACCUGUCUCUGGUGGUCCCCAAGCAUAUCUGAGCUAUGCUUAUGGUCCAUUGACAUCUUUCACUUUCACUUUUACGUCAAUUUCAAUCAUCAAACCCUCGGGAGCGGCUUUGAUAGCCAUAAUUUUUGGUGAAUACGUCGCACGCUUCUUUUACUUAUUAGGCUCAAAUGAGGUGUUAUCUUCAAAUGAUAUACCAAGCUGGAUAUCUCGUCUCGUAGCUUGUUUCGGGGUUCUUCUUGUCUCCCUUAUCAAUAUCAUCUCCACGCGCUUAUUGACGAGAACUCAAACCGUUUUGAUGGUCAUAAAGAUCGCUGCAGUCCUUUUGGUUGUCGUACUUGGUGUAAUAGCCGCUGUGAGAUCUCCUGAUCAAAUUUUCUCACCAUCCAAAGCUCUCGAAGGAACAAAAGUGAGUCCAUCUUCAAUAGCACUCGCGUUAUACUCCUCUCUUUGGGCAUUCGACGGAUGGGAUCAAUCUAAUUAUGUAGCCGGUGAAAUGAAAAACGUCGAAAGGAAUCUACCAAUUGUGAUACAUACUUCUAUACCACUUACUAUAAUCAUAUUCUUACUUGCAAACAUAGCUUACUUGAUAGCCAUUCCAGUUAAUUUGGUAGCAAAGUCAAACACAAUUGCACUUGAUUUGGGUGACGUUGUACUCGGAAAUGUUGGUAGCGGAUUACUCACCUGUUUAGUCGCAGUUAGCACACUCGGAGCGCUCACUAGCGGAUCUUUCACAACUUCACGCUUAAUAAGCAGUGCAGCAUCGUCAAAUUCUGAAGCAGGCUUCCUCCCACAGGCAUUGGGAGCAUUUAACAAAAGAACUCAAACACCAGUGAAUGCAAUAGUACUUCAGCUAGUCUUGACUUGCGUUUACAUCAUCAUCGGAGGUGGAUUUCAAUCACUGGUGAACUUCUACUCUGUUGCUAUUUGGUAUUUCUACCUAUUAUGCGCUUUGAGUGUUAUAGUAUUACGUAUGAAAGAGCCAGAUCUUCACAGACCAUACAAAACAUGGAUAGCUAUACCAAUGAUAUUCUCCUCCGUCACAAUUUUUUUACUUUGCAUGCCUGUGUUCGCAGCGCCACUUGAAGCAGCAGCAGCAUUCGGUUUCAUAGCAUUAAGCGUACCAGUUUACUUCAUAAGCAAUUACAUAAAAUUCCGUAAAGUCGACAUAGUGAAUCAUAUACCCGCGAUAAUAAGGAAUAAAUUUAAAAAGACAUACAAACCAUUAUCAUCUGAGAUGCAGGAAUUCUAA